CGCUUCGAGGGAGAAAGACCACCCUGCUCCCUCCGGGAGAACUGGGAAUCAGCGCUGCUGGAAAGGUUUUGGAUAACUCCACCCGCCGCCGCCUCGCAGCUCCUCCUCCCAGUGAACAGCCCAGCUGGGAUAUAAGCAAGUCACUCAGAGCCCGGGAGCUGCCGCGACAGCUGGGCGGGUGGCGUGGGACUGUCGCGUUGUGACCUGAGCCGUGCCCUUCGCCUCGACGCCGGACCCCAUGGCGACGCCUUCGCAGAAAAGGAGCACCCGCAGCGGGGCUUCGGGGACCCCCUUGUCCCCCACACGCAUCACCCGCCUGCAGGAGAAGGAGGACCUGCAGGAGCUCAAUGACCGCUUGGCCGUCUACAUCGACAAGGUGCGCUCGCUGGAGCUGGAGAACGCCGGCCUGCGGCUCCGCAUCACCGAGUCCGAGGAGGUGGUGAGCCGCGAGGUCUCGGGCAUCAAGGCUGCCUACGAGUCGGAGCUGGCGGAUGCCCGCAAGACCUUGGAUUCGGUGGCCAAGGAGAGAGCUCGGCUGCAGCUGGAGCUCAGUAAAGUCCGGGAGGAGCACAAGGAGCUGAAGGCCCGGAAUGCCAAGAAGGAAGGGGACCUGCUGACUGCCCAGGCACGCCUUAAGGAUGUGGAGGCUUUGCUUAAUUCCAAAGAGGCUGCACUCUCCACCGCCCUGGGUGAGAAGAGGAAUCUGGAAACUGAAGUGCGGGACCUGAGGGGACAGGUGGCCAAGCUGGAAAGUGCCUUGAACGAAGCCAAGAAGCAGCUGCAGGAUGAGAUGCUGCGCCGUGUGGAUGCUGAGAACCGUCUGCAGACCCUGAAGGAAGAGCUGGAAUUCCAGAAGAACAUUUACAGCGAGGAGCUGCGGGAGACCAAGCGGCGCCACGAAACCCGGCUGGUGGAGAUCGACAAUGGGCGGCAGCGGGAGUUCGAGAGCAAACUCUCUGAGGCCCUGCAGGAGCUGCGGAGCCAGCAUGAAGCCCAGAUCAGGCUCUACAAGGAGGAACUGGAGAAAACCUACGGGGCAAAGCUGGAGAAUGCCAAGCAGUCGGCUGAAAGGAACAGCAACAUGGUGGGUGCUGCCCAUGAGGAGCUGCAGCAGACCCGGAUCCGCAUUGACAACCUCUCCUCAGAAGUCAGCCAACUGCAGAAGCAGCUGGCUGCCAAGGAAGCGAAGCUGCACGAUCUGGAGGAUAUUCUGGCCAGGGAACGCGAGACCAACCGGCGCCUGCUUUCCGACAAGGAGCGGGAGAUGGCUGAGAUGCGGGCACGCAUGCAGCAGCAGCUGGAUGAGUACCAGGAGCUGCUGGACAUCAAGCUGGCUCUGGAUAUGGAGAUCAAUGCCUACCGCAAGCUGCUGGAGGGCGAGGAGGAGCGGCUGAGGCUGUCCCCCAGCCCUUCAUCCCACAAAGGUGCAUCCCGAAGCCACCUGUCCACCCCGGGCUCCUCCAAGAAGCGGAAGCUGGAGGACAGUGAGAGCCGGACCAGCUUCUCCCACCAUGCCCGGACCAGUGGCCGGGUUGGCGUGGAGGAGGUGGACUUGGAGGGCAAAUUCGUCCGUCUCAGGAACAAGUCCAACGAGGACCAGGCGAUGGGGAACUGGCAGAUCAAGCGGCAAAAUGGGGACGAUCCCCCCAUUACCUACCGCUUCCCCCCGAAGUUCACCCUGAAGGCUGGCCAGGUGGUCACGAUCUGGGCCUCAGGAGCUGGAGCAACCCACAGCCCCCCCAGUAAUGUGGUGUGGAAAGCCCAGAGCAGCUGGGGCUCUGGGGACAGCCUGCGCACUGCCCUCAUCAACUCCAACGGGGAGGAGGUGGCCAUGCGGAAACUGGUCCGCACUGUGAUCAUCAAUGACGAUGAGGAUGAGGAUGAAGAUGAAAUGAGCAUCCACCACCGCCAUCACCAUGGCUGCAGUGGCUCUGGGGACCCUGGUGAAUACAACCUGCGCUCCCGCACGGUCGUGUGCGGCACGUGUGGUCAGCCGGCCGACAAGUCGGGCACCCAGAACGCCGGCAUCAACACCAUGUCCUCGGGCUCGUCCACCUCCAGCGUGACCGUCACCCGCAGCUACCGCAGCAUGGGUGACUCUGGCAUCGGCCUCGGGGACAGCCUGGUGUCCAGGAACUACCUCCUGGGGAGCUCCAGCCCCCGCAGGCAGGCUCAGGCUGUGCAGAACUGCAGCAUCAUGUAAUUCCAUGGCGCAUUCCUGUGGCUCCUGCCCGUCUCCAGCUAGGUUUUGGUUUUUUUUCCCAAAGCAACAAAUUUUUUCCCUCAAAAAAACAAGAUAUCAAAAACCAAGGUUU